UGAAAGUGACGUACUUAGUUCGAGAAGUAAAAUUGCAAAACAAGUUUAAUUUUGUGCAUUUAGAUAUUACAAAACUUAAACGAGUUAAUAAAGUAUUUCUAACAUUCUUUGUGUAACAGACAUUUAGUUAUUAAUAAUUAAAAGUAAGGGAAAAUGCCGAAACCGCAUUUCGAAAAUAAACAGACGUGGAUAAAACAUGAUCGUGAACGAGAUAGAGAUCGUAGAGUUACAUUCAAACCAAAUCGAUUUGGAGGUCAAAAGAAUCAUAAUAGAGAUUGGAGUAAUGCUAUACGUGAACAUUUACAAGAUGAGGAUGUUGAUAUGGGGGUUAGUUCUGGGUCUGGUAGAAAUUUUAUUAACAAGAAGUACAACAAGGGAAAGAAAGGGAGGAAAGGAUCACCUAUACCUAAUAGUAGACGAAAAUUAUUAGAAGGUCCAACUAAUUGGUAUAAAGUUUCG